AUGGUCUUGCUUUAGUUUUUAUUUAUUGUCAAACUGUUUUGUACGAUAAUAAAAUUUUCUUUUCUCUAUUUAAUUUCUAAAUUCUUCGCCUGUACACAAUGUGUCAAUCAAUGGGCCAAGCCAUUUGCGAGCUGAAGCAUACUCCGUUAUCGGGAGAUAAGGAGCUCGACAGCCAAAUUAAGAAGUGGGUUAAAUGGGAUCGCAACCAAGAAACAUUGUGUCAGAUAAUGGAGGCAGUCCGCAACGAGGAUUGGGACACGCUACGGUGCCGUCUCUGCAGACGUAUAGAUUUCGGAACUGCUGGCUUAAGAGCCGUAAUGCGGGCGGGCUUCGAUUCAAUGAACGAAUUAGUUAUCGUGCAGACUAGUCAAGGACUUUGCGCUUACUUAAAAGAACAAUAUCCAGAAGAAGCUGAUUGGGCCGAUCGUGGCAUCGUAGUUGGGUUUGAUGGUCGUUACAAUAGUCAACGAUUUGCCGAACUAACAACCAUCGUCUUCUUGAGCCAGAACUUUCGGGUUUAUCAGUUCAAGCGUAUGGUUGCCACUCCCUUCGUUCCUUACACCGUGGUAAGGAUGAAUAGUUUAGCCGGUGUGAUGAUAACUGCGUCUCACAAUCCCAAGCAGGAGAACGGCUAUAAGGUUUAUUGGACUAAUGGGGCCCAAAUUAUACCCCCACACGACGAAGGCAUUAAACAAGCCAUUCUGGACAAUUUGCAGCCAAAUCCAGAUUCGUGGGAUGAGACACUGCUGUGCGGCAAUGACAUGUUAUCAGAUCCAUAUAACAAUGUUUUGCCCCCCUAUUACGAUGCUCUUAAAAAGGAGAUAUCGUGCCCACUCAUGGAGUCGAAUGGCAGGUGCCCAUUAAGCUUUACCUAUACUCCUAUUCAUGGCGUUGGCUAUCCAUUUGUUAAAUUGGCUUUCAGUAAGAUUAACCUAAAACCCGUUAUACCCGUUGUGAAGCAGAUUGUGCCCGACCCGGAAUUUCCCACGGCGCCUUCGCCCAAUCCAGAAGACUGCAAGGUUUUGGAAUUGGCUCUAGAACGAGCAGCCGAAAAGAAGGCGCAAGUCGUCUUAGCUAACGAUCCAGAUGCAGAUCGAUUGGUUGUCGCCGAGCUCGAUGAUAGUAAGAAGUAUAGGAUAUUCACCGGCAACGAAAUGGGCGCCCUUCUGGGCUGGUGGACAUUAGAGAACUAUAAAAUGACCGAGGAUAAUCCAGACGUACCCAACUGUGUAAUGGUAUCCAGCACUGUUAGCUCGAAGAUUUUGAAAGCAAUGGCAGAAGCAGAGGGAUUCACACACCACGAAACCCUGACAGGAUUUAAGUGGAUAGCCAACAAAGCACUCGAUGAACAGAAUGCUGGGAAAAAGGUUCUCUUCGGAUUCGAGGAAGCCAUUGGCUAUAUGAUCUCCACAAGCGUGUUGGAUAAGGACGGUAUCCGUGCUGCAGCGCACGUGGCCACGAUGGCCUGCUAUUUGCGCUGCAAAAAGUGCAUGACAAUGCAAGAGAAAUUACGAGACCUAUAUGAGACGUAUGGCUUCCAUGCUAGUGUUGCCUCCUCUAUAAAGUGCGCAGAUAGCGGUCUUACCAACAAGAUCUUUGAGCGCCUGCGCACCUUCGACGAAGGUCAACAGAAUACAUAUCCCACGUCCAUCUUGGAAGGGGAAUACGAGGUGGAGAAUGUGCGGGACCUCACUACUGGCUAUGACAGUAGUACCGGAGAUAAGAAACCAACGCUGCCAGUCAGUGAAUCUUCUCAGAUGAUAACGUUUACAUUCAAAAAUGGAGUGGAACUCACAUUGCGUACAAGCGGAACUGAGCCCAAGAUUAAAUACUAUGCCAAUGUAAGUGGCAAGCCGGAGAACAAGCGUUGGGAUGAGCUGUCAUCAACGCUUAACAAAAUGAUGGAAGGCAUUCUAAACGAGUUCAUCGAGCUCGAAAAGAAUGGGCUGAAGUUGUGCUAGGAAGAAUAAAAUUGAAAUGAAAACGGUUUUUGUAAAUGUUCAUAGGCCCCAAAAUUUUUAGUUUUCUUCAAAAUUACCAGACUUGAAUUAAAAAUUCGACAUGACUACGAGCCAAACCUGAUACGAAUAUGAAAACAGAUAUUUGAUAAUUAGAUAGGUAAAAAAAAA